AUGUGUGAAGGACACCUAACAGCUUCUCUAGUAUUACUACUUAAAAUAAUCGGCUAAGUUACAGGUUUUACAAUCAAACUUUAUUUUUGCCUGUAGUGCUUUGUAUUGUAACCAAAAAAAUAAGAGUUUAUUAAAAGUAAACUCUCACGAGAGCCAAUUGUAACUAAAAACUGAGCUUCAAACAAGGGAGUCUUCUACAUCAUUCCUGAAGAACUUCAACCUGCGGGCAACAUACAACUGAUGCUCAAUAAACACAACUCACUACAGCUUCUCCAGUCUUGCUCCUUACAAGACAAUCAACAGCAGUUGGAGUGUGUUUUUAUGAGUUGAUGGCUGUAGAAAAACAUGACGCUGAAAGCUUUCCUUUGACUGAUGAAACAUGAUGAAACAUAAACCCACUGGACAGGUUCUAACAUAAUUUGCUUUCUCAGGAACUUCUGAAACGAUGGCUCAACUUAACAUCAGCAUCAAUGACUCGGCUGCAUCCGAUGAUGAUUUACUCUUUAGGAAUUUAAUGGAACUCCAAAGUACUCAUUUUAUGGAAGGUUAUCCAGAACUUAUAUAUAUCCGUGUCCUUUCAGUCAUUGAGAUCCUAGUCAUGAUCUUAACUCUGAUCGCCUUGUGUUUCAUCAUCAAAUCCAGGCCUGCUGCUGCAGUUUUUGUUAGUAAUUUAAUACUUUCAGAUCUCGUACAGGUCAUUAGUAUAUUAAUAGCAGCAACAAUCUCAUGGCAUGAGAGACUGGUUCCGGCAUAUAACUAUUCUUUGAUGGUGGGUCUGUAUUUUAUGGCAUGUGUUGCUUUUGAACGAUAUCUUCUGAUUUGUCAUCCUAUCUGGUACAAAUCUCACCAAUCACUCAAACUCUCUUGUUUUAUUUCUGUGAUCAUCUGGUUUGUGCCUCUAACCUGUGCAGGAAUAUACCCUUAUAUUUAUUUGAGACCUCUGCCAAUGUUUAUAGCCUGUUUAAUUCCUUAUCCCAUAAUCAUUCUCUGUUUUGCUGGCGCUUGUCGAGGUCUUUCUCACGCAAUAUCAUUGACUGCUCAGAAACGCAAAUCAAUUUUGGGCAUUUUGUUCCUGGUGCUGUUGACUUACACAUUUCUUGUUCUUCCUUAUGUGCUUAUGGUAUUUAUUGAGAGGUUUUCUCACUAUUGCAGAAUUCUAACAAAAUUGUACUGCUAUGCACGAAUGAUUGCGUGUCUGAAUCCACUUGCUGACUGUUUUCUGUACAUGUUCAUAAGGCCUGAUGUUGGUAAUUUGUUGAAGUCUGUUUGCUGCUGUCGUAGACAGAGUUGGAAACGAAACCAGGACGAACGCUCUUUAGUGAAUCCACAAAACAGCUGCUCUUCUGUAGUGUGCUGUAUUUCAGCUCAAAAGCCUUCAUCUCAUUUACUGAACACCGGCAGCUCAGUUUAACCUGCUGCUAAAUGAGCUGAAAAACACAGCGUUAUUUUUAAUUUGUAAUCAGUGUCAAUUUUUAUUUUAUUUCACAUUUAUACUUGUUAGC